CAGGGGCGGCGCUCGCCGAGGAGCCGACAGGCAGAGGCGAGCGGCAGAGGCUCCCCUGUAGCCGCCGCCGCCGCUGCCAUUCCCCCGGCCCUGGCACCACCACGGGCGCGGGGAGGAGCCGGGGCCCCGGGGCAUGGCUCUCCCGAAGGCAGGGGGUGAUGGGCUUUCGGCCUGGUCGUCUCGCAGCGGGGACGAGAAAGCAGACUAUAAUGCCAAGAAGAAAAGGAAAGCUGCAGAGAUUCACCAAGCCCUGAACAGUGACCCUACCGAUGUGGCUGCUCUCCGCCGCAUGGCAAUUAGUGAAGGUGGGCUCCUGACAGAUGAUAUCCGCCGUGAAGUGUGGCCAAAACUUCUCAACGUCAACAUAAAUGACCUUCCUCCUCCACCAGAGAAGUUUCUACGGGAAGACAGCAAAGACUUCCAGCAAGUACUUCUAGAUGUGAGGCGGUCUUUACGGCGGUUCCCACCUGACAUGCCUAGUGAACAAAGAGAAGGGCUCCAAGAGGAACUGAUCGACAUCAUUUUGUAUGUUUUGGAACGCAAUCCCCAGCUGCACUACUACCAGGGCUACCAUGACAUUGUGGUCACAUUUCUACUCGUUAUGGGUGAGAGGCUGGCAACAUCACUAGUGGAGAAGCUCUCUACACACCAUCUCAGGGAUUUCAUGGACCCAACAAUGGACAAUACCAAGCAUAUAUUAAACUACCUGAUGCCCAUCAUAGAUCAGGUGAAUCCAGAGCUUCAUGACUUCAUGCAGAGUGCUGAGGUGGGGACCAUUUUUGCACUCAGCUGGUUGAUCACCUGGUUUGGCCAUGUCCUGUCCGACUUCAGGCAUGUGGUACGGUUGUAUGACUUCUUUCUGGCCUGCCACCCACUGAUGCCCAUUUACUUUGCUGCUGUGAUUGUAUUGUAUCGAGAGCAAGAAGUCCUUGAUUGUGAGUGUGACAUGGCCUCUGUUCACCACCUCUUGUCCCAGAUCCCUCAGGAUUUGCCCUAUGAAACCCUGAUCAGUAGAGCAGGAGAUCUCUUCGUUCAGUUUCCUCCAUCUGAGCUUGCCAGAGAGGUAGCUCAGCAGCAAGCCGAGAGAACAGCAGCCUCUACUUUUAAAGACUUUGAGUUGGCAUCUGCCCAGCAAAGGCCAGACAUGGUAUUACGGCAACGUUUCCGAGGGUUCUUGCAGCCCGAGGAUCGGACAAAAAAUAUCCUGACCAAACCAAGGACCAAUCGCUUUGUGAAGUUGGCGGUGAUGGGGCUAACAGUGGCUCUGGGAGCAGCUGCUUUAGCAGUGGUAAAGAGUGCCCUUGAGUGGGCCCCUAAGUUUCAACUACAGCUAUUUCCCUGACAACUGGGGAGGAGGCUUCUAUUAUUUUAAAUUAAGCUUCUCACCCUUCCAUGGGAAGAUUGAGAGGAAGUCAGCAUUCCUUUAUUAAAAGGGUUCAUGUCAAGGGUUUUCUAUCCCCACCACCCAAACUACCCUGUCCAUGAUUUGCCUUUGUUUCAGGGGCUUAUGGAAGGGUCUAUCCAAUACCAAGGACCAUUUAGGACCAUGGUAUUAAACCUAUUUAUCUCUUUGGUCAUUAAGCAGUGGGUUUCUUAUUGGGCAGACAUCUGCCAUCUUCCCCUGUGAAGGGAAUUGAGUUACUUUAACUCCCUUUUGUCUUUGAAGCUCAUAUGGAUUGGGCUCAACUGAAUUAUGCGAGGCUAGUAGUAACCUGAGCCACUGCAAGCCUACUGUCCUUACUAUAGAGGCUUUUUUGCCUCUUUUCCUUUUUAUACAAGGGAGGAAGGAACCGUCACAGUUAUUGAAUGGUUGGAAGAAGGAUGAGCAAAAGCCAGGGAGAGUCUGCAGGUCUUUAGUUAGAGAACAGAGAAAGUUCUUAAAUAGAACUAUUCAUAAAAUCCUGAUACUCCAUUAGCUAUCAUACUAAUUUCCAUAUUCACUUUCUAAGGUUUCAGUGAAGCUUUGACAAGAUCUAGUUACCAAGGAUUCAGUGUUAAUUUUUUUCAUCUUCCCAGUGCAAUUAGUUGAGAAAUAAAGGGACAGAUAUGAAAUAGGUCACUGGGCACAAACUACCUAUUCCCAAGCCCAGGGAUCUCUUGGGCACAUCCUAUCAAGCAUAAAUGGAUAAUGAUUGUUUGGAUACAGUUCUAAGUUGAUCUUCUCUUCUCCCUGUUCUCCAGUCCCUGAGCCAAUAGAUGGCAUAUAAAAGCCAUCAUUAUUACUAUUUUUGGAGUAUACAUACAAACUUGCUUUAUAAAUGUUCUUCAUCCAUGGAAAAAAUGGAAAAAGAACUACUACUUAGGGGGGUGAAUGUGAGGCCCUGAAAACUAUUUACCAUAAAGUAUUUUUGUAUGUCAUUCCAAAUUAAUAUUUGUAAACAGCCCAAACUCCCAUGAAACCCAAUUUUCUCAGCCUGUCACAUCUUGGGCUUUUCUCUUGGUCCCUCCUUCAUCCCCAAAAGAAAUACCCACUCACUACCUCUUUAUUGCUUCAUGGGUUCAGUUCUGUCUUUCCCCUGGGCAUUUUCUUAUUUUGUAGGGAAUAUUGUUAGAAAUUGGCCAUUCCUUCAGGAGGGGCAAAUUGCAGUCUAUGGAGCAAGAUCCUGAAGGAAUCAAACUCAAGCUCCCAUACUUGUGGCGCUAGAUGUGGGGGAAGCAGAUUUAAAUCCAUUAAUCCCUUUAGAAAGUGGCUUUUCCAAUAUCCAGAGUCAUAUUUAUUUUAAACCUGACUCUGGCUAGAAAAAAAAAGUGCCUUUUCUGCUUCUUCAGAGAAACUGGGGUGUCAAAUGCUAAACAGCCACUCAGCCGUCUUCCUUUAAAUUUUUCUCCUUCUGCACAGCUCUCUUUAACAGGUAUUUUGUUACAAGUGAAGGUGUCAGAUACACUCCCCCUAGUAAAUCCUGUUUUCACUCCUUUCUCACCCAGAAACCUUUGCCUAGUUUGAUCACAUGGUGGGCAUGAAAUGGGUGGUUUUUUGUUUUUGUUUUUGUUUAUUUUUUUGGCAGGAGCCUUCCCAAAGGAUAGGCAGGAUGUGAAACAUCAAAUUUUCACUUAGCACUUUAAAACUAAAAGAAACUGAAGCAGGAUGAAAGGAGGAUCCUGUGAAAUCCUUCUUAAGGUUUGACAAAAAUGACCAAACCAGAUGAUGAGAAUAUCAAUCAUCCCCAGGGUUUUAGGGCAGUCUGGCUUUAUGUAAUUGCAUUCUAUGGGGUCACUCUUAUGGUUUUGUUGACAAAGGAAACUCUCCUUCCUGAGUGAAGGGAGUGGAACCCCGCCAGCCUAUUAUAUCCACUUCAAGGAGGAUGGACAGCAAAUUAACCUUUUGCUUUUGGGAGAUGAAGCUCUCCCAAUAUGCUGAAAGUGUUCUUUAUUAGGGAACAGGUGUAGUCAGAAUCCUAAAAUUGUGUCAGUCCCUCCACCCAACCUAAAGCCUUCCUGAAAGCAAAUUAAACUAGCUUCUCUUUUACCCUGAUGGGAAAAAAGGAAGGAAAAUUCACUUGCCUUGCUCCUUUGCUGAGGCUGAGGAUGUCCUUUUGCCAAUGAGGGAAAAAAAGCAUACUCUCCUAUCUUCAGGUGAUUUACUUAUUCUGUAAAGAAUAUAUAUGUGUAAAUACAAUUUGUACAGAUCCCUGUAUGAAAUAAAACAGCCAUGUGUGGUUACUAAA